AUGGACGAAGGCGGAGUCCAUCAGCGAAGAACGUCGGACGCAAAGGGCGGAGAAACGCCCGAGCUACACCCUGCGGCUUUGGAAGAUAUAUUGGACUCUGAAUCAGACUACUUCUCCCCUCCGGGCUCCCCAUCUACCAGACCUCGCCUGUCGCGCAACUCCUUCUCCUACCAAGAUGACUGGGAAACGUUUCCACCGCUCGACCAGCUCACUGUUUUCGACCUCCUAGACAAUCUGUCUCUGUCGCAGAGGCUCGAGAGGCUGCAACGCUCGCUCAACUCGCAAAGAGAGAAGGUCAAGAAGCAGCAGGAAAAGCUACGAUCAACCUCGAAGAAUGCCAGAGACCGGGUCGUGGGCGAAUGGAAGCGGAGAGUACCCACCGCCGAUGAGCAGCUGGAGAAAUACCGUCGUCGGAUGAAGACCGGAGUAGAGCGCCUGUCGCAGCGAUGGAACGCAGCUGCUGCGGUCACCCUCCGUGAGAAGAUCUCGUUUAUAGCGGGUGUACUCAACAUCUUCAUCAGUGGAUACCUGCUUGGAUCAUUUCCUGAGUACUUCUACAUCUGGUUCAGCGCACAGCUCGCCUACUUUAUGCCGAUCCGAUUCUACAGAUACCACGCGAUAGGCUAUCACUAUUUCCUGGCGGAUCUCUGUUACUUUGUCAACGUGCUUUGCAUGCUCUCCAUCUGGGCGUUCCCGCAGUCUAAGAGGCUCUUCAUCAGCACUUUCUGCUUGACCUUUGGUAACAAUGCAGUUGCAAUUGCCAUGUGGCGAAACUCCAUGGUCUUCCAUAGCAUGGACAAAGUCGUCAGUCUCUUCAUCCACAUUAUGCCUCCGGUGACCCUUCAUUGCCUUGUCCACCUUACGUCCUUGGACGUGUUGAAGGAAAGGUUUCCGGCCAUAUACGAUAUCAAAACGAGCGAGCCUGGCUCUCCUGAGCAUUUCGGACUAUUCUCAAUGAUGAUCUGGGCGACUGUUCCGUACAUGAUCUGGCAAAUGUCCUACCACUUAUUUAUCACCGUCCGCCGUGCAGAUAAGAUCGCAGCCGGCCGCCCAACAAGCUUUACCUGGCUCCGCAAAUCGUACGCCAAGGCUUGGAUCGGUCGACUUGUCCUCAGCCUCCCGGAGUCACUCCAAGCCCCCGCAUUCAUGAUGAUCCAAUAUCUCUACGCCCUGCUGACCAUGAUCCCAUGUCCAAUCUGGCUCUGGUCCCGGUGGGCCAGUGGAAUAUUCAUUACCGGCCUUUUCAUCUUGAGCAUACACAACGGAGCCACGUACUAUAUUGACGUGUUCGGCAAGCGCUUCCAGAAGGAGCUCGAGCAGUUGAAGAAAGAAGUUGCUCAAUGGCAGUCUAGUCCAGAGGGAGCGAUGGCUCCGAUAACUCCUGGAAUGGCUGCCGCCGCCGCUCAUCCAGACGGGAAACAGUCCGACUAUACGUCUGCCAAGGGCAGCCACGACAACGCCAACAUUGAGAAGAUUCCCCUUCUGGAUUCCACUGGGGUUUCGACUGCCAUCGAGGGCGGCACACGGAAAUGA